AAAACAUAAAUUAAAUGUGAUGGAAAGAGAAAACUUAGCAUCUUAAGUUUGACUCUCUGUUGCCCCUCCAUUUCUCUCUCCAUUUCUCUCUCCUCUCUGUUUUAAUCGUCUCUGGACUUUGUUCUGUUUUUUACUUCUCCCACAAAUUCCUUUCUCUCCCUCUCUUCACUCCAUAGCCAUAGAGAUCUGUAGAUAUUGCUUUUGUUUUUGUAUGGUGGAGUAUUGAUAUAUAGUGAGAUGGCUGUGGAGUUAAUGUCUGGUUACAAGAACACCGGAUUCGCCGCCGCCAUGACGGAGGACGACGCGGUCAAAGAGGCGGCCGCCGCAGGACUCCAGAGCGUUGAGAAUCUCAUCAGGCUGCUUUCUCAGUCCCGCCACCAGAAUAUUGGGUUUUCUUCCGCCGUGGAAUCCUCCACCGGCGCCGAUUACCAUGCCGUUGCGGACGUCGCCGUGGGUAAGUUCAAGAAGUUCAUUUCUCUGCUCGAUCGGAACCGGACCGGACACGCCCGGUUUCGGAGGGGGCCGGUUUGCAACCCGCUGCGGAAGAAGGCGGAUCGUGAGCCGGAACCGGAGGUGUCGGGUCAGUAUCGGGUCGUUGACAGCUCGGAGAAGCCGCACACGGGCGGGCAGACGAAGGGGUAUCCUCCGUCGCACGUUCAGGCCGUUCAGCUAUUGCCGCCGCUUCCUCACGGCCACCACCAGCUCCUGAAGACUGGGUCCGCCGCGAUCGAACGGAAGGAGCCGUCGGCGACCAUCAAUUUCUCCGCCUCCCAGGCGACUUCCGGCUCUUUCGUUUCGUCGCUGACGGGGGAAACAGAGAGCUUCCAGAUAACGAAUCUCUCAAACGUCUCAUCCGCCGGAAGGCCGCCGCUGUCGACGUCGUCGUUUAAGCGGAAAUGCAAUUCAUUGGACGAUUCUGCCCUCAAGUGCGGUAGUGGUGGUGGGUCCGCAUCUGGACGUUGCCAUUGCCCAAAGAAAAGGAAAUCAAAGGUCAAAAGAGUAGUUAGAAUCCCUGCAAUUAGCAUGAAAAUGGCUGAUAUUCCACCCGAUGAUUUUUCAUGGAGAAAAUAUGGGCAAAAGCCAAUUAAAGGUUCCCCACACCCCAGGGGUUACUAUAAGUGCAGUAGCGUACGAGGAUGUCCAGCCAGAAAGCACGUGGAGCGGGCAUUGGACGACCCGACAAUGUUAAUCGUAACAUACGAAGGAGAUCACAACCACUCACAGGCAUUCGCGGAAACUCCGGCCUCCCUAAUCCUCGAAUCAUCCUGACCGUCGGUCGAAUCGGACGGCGCAGAGCCGGGGAGGGACGUACAGUAAGGUCAAAAUCAGAGUAGAAAAAUCAACGCCGUCCACGACAAAGGCGACGGUUUGGUCAACGUUGGGUGCGUCAUGAUUAGGUUCCCAUAUGAUUUGUUCUCUCCGUUUAUUCGCCGUUGAAAAAAAAAACAAAUUUUAAAGAUAAAGAGAUUAAAAGGGAGUGGUGGAUUUUGGUUGGAAUUGAAUCGUGUGUAAGCUGUUGUGGGGUCCAUUGCAUAAUGUAUGCUUUCCUAACUUAUACGUGUCUUUUGUCCUCUUUAAAUUAUUAUGAUCAAUGUUUUUUUUAAUAUUUUUUUAAUUAUACUUCCUUUUUAAAUAAUACUUGAGAAAAAAA